CGCGAUGGCCCAGCCCUACCCCCCGCCCAGUACCCUCCCCCACCGCAGAACGGCAUCCCUGCUGAGUACGCCCCGCCCCCGCCGCACCCCACGCCGGACUACUCGGGCCAGACCCCUGUCCCCCCGGAGCACGGCAUGACCCUGUACACACCAGCACAGACCCACCCGGAGCCGCCGAGCAGCGAGAGCAGCACGCAGCCCACUGCAGGGGCCCAGACAGUGCCGCAGACAGACGAGGCGGCACAGACCGACAGCCAGCCACUCCACCCCUCCGACCCCACAGAGAAGCAGCAGCCCAAGCGGCUGCAUGUCUCCAACAUCCCCUUCCGGUUCAGGGACCCCGACCUGCGGCAAAUGUUCGGGCAAUUCGGAAAAAUUUUAGACGUGGAGAUCAUUUUUAACGAGCGGGGCUCCAAGGGUUUUGGGUUUGUAACUUUUGAAACUAGCUCAGAUGCUGACCGAGCCCGGGAGAAGCUGAAUGGGACGAUCGUAGAGGGACGGAAAAUUGAGGUCAAUAACGCCACGGCCCGAGUCAUGACCAACAAGAAGACUGCGAACCCCUACACCAACGGCUGGAAGCUAAACCCGGUGGUAGGCGCAGUCUACGGGCCUGAAUUCUAUGCAGUGACGGGGUUCCCCUACCCCACCACCGGGACAGCCGUGGCCUACAGGGGCGCGCACCUACGGGGCCGGGGCCGGGCUGUGUAUAAUACGUUCCGGGCUGCACCGCCCCCACCCCCCAUCCCGACUUACGGAGCGGUCGUGUAUCAGGAUGGCUUUUAUGGUGCUGAGAUUUAUGGAGGCUAUGCUGCCUACAGAUACGCUCAGCCAGCAGCCGCAGCCGCAGCCGCCUACAGUGACAGUUACGGCAGAGUCUAUGCGGCUGCGGACCCGUAUCACCACACCAUUGGCCCCGCAGCGACCUACAGCAUUGGAACCAUGGCUAGCCUCUGCCGAGGAGGGUACAGCCGCUUCACCCCCUACUAGCAAGAGGCCCAGCCCCUAACAGCAUUCACACUGACUGCCUAAUACACACCAAACCCAGCAGUCCAAAACCAGGCACAGCCACCCGGAGGACAGUGCACCCCUCCCGGUCAGCGACACGCGCCGCUGACCUCCGCGACUCUUAAGUCCAUAGGUUUUACCUCCAGCCAGCUGGUCUUCCCCACGAUGGCGUGUGUGUCUUUGGCCCUGGUCACCCCCGUAUGUCUGAAACCUUGGUUCCUAUUUUGACUUUGUUGACGUUGUGCCCCCCCAAGCCAUUUCAGGUACAGUAUGCACAUAGUGGGAGGGGCUAGGCUGGGCAGAAGACCCCUCCCCAGAACUAGCAAUAGCGCCCGAGAGGGCCAUGCCCACUCCCCGCCCCCUGGGCUACAGAGCCACAGAAGACACCGGCCUGGCCCCCCCAGGAAGCCACCCCAGCCAGUCUGGGGUUCAGGGAUCGGUCGAGGGGUGCCUGCCUGUCUGCCCUGAUGGGUGGGUUCCUGGCCAGGACAGUAUCUCCUCCCCACCUUCACCCAGGUAAUCGCAGGCGCAGCCGUCUGCCCUCCUGUCGCCAUCCAGCUACACUAACAUUUCUGAUUAAGUUUCAUUGAUGUUUCCUGCUGAAGUUGCGGGGGGGGAGCCACAUCAGCCUCAGGGGUUCCCUUAGCCUCUGUGGUAAGAAGUGAAAGUGUAGGAGGAAAUCUCGCUGCCCCGGAGCCCGGAAGUGACCCAGCCCUGCGCUGCCCGGGCCUGCAGCCUCUCCCCUCCAGCCACACCCCUGAGGUGGGGUCCCUGCCGGCCCAGCGUCGGGGUCUGUGCUUGCGUACAGCACUGCCCUCCCUUCCCCAAGCCUGGAACUUCUUGUCUGGGUACCUCUCCGAUAAGGGAGCCUGAGCCGGAGGACAGGGGAGGGUGCUGCCGCUCCUCCGGUGCUCCUGGCGGGGCCAUGCUCAGUGUUUACCUCCCAACCCGAGGGGCUGGGGUCUGCGGGCAGAGCUGAGACCUGAGGGAGCAUCUGGAGAAGCCACCAGACGGGCCAGGGCCCCGCCACAUGCGGGCCCAGCACCUCCAAUACAGGAAAAAGUGGCACAGCCGAGGGCCCUGGUCUCCUUCAUGUCGGAGCUGGGCUUCCAGGGGCGGACGGCCCACUAGAGGGUGUGGGUCCCUGCCAGCCAGGGCGUGAUCCUCCCCCCUCCACGGGCACAUCCAUUCCAGCUGAUGGUGUGGGCAGGUCCCGCCUGGGGUUCCCCUCACGGGUCACUUCCACUGCCCAGAGCACCUCUCAGCUGCCUCAUUCCACGUCCCCCACCUGCCACGCCCUGAUCUCAGCCCUGGUCUGCCUGGAGCCCCCGGCCCUGCCCAGUUCUCAGCAGAGCCUGCCAGCGGCGUCUGCCCGCCCGGGCUCCCUGUCGCUCUUCCCUUCCCGCAGCGCCCUUCUCCGCCCUUGACCAUGGCCUCUCUCUGCCCUGGAGGCCGAAGGUCUGCAUUAAAUUCACUUACUCAAGACAAGGAGGGCCCUGAAGCUGGGAGUGGGGCUGGUAUGGGGGCCCGUGCCCACCCACCCGGAACCCUGGGGUCCCAGGUCCUGGCGCCCCCACAGCACCCCUGGCGGUUGCUUCUGUGAACUGCAAGUCCUGCCUUUCUGUUUCUGUUGUAGUGAAAGCUUCCGCUGUUUCCUUCUUGGACCGUGAAGGGCAAAAACAAAAAAAAACACAAAAAAAUCACAAAACAAAAAACAAAACAAAAAAAAAAGAUGUUCAGAUCCAAGCAACAAAACCAACCAAACCGAGAAGCAUCCACCACGUCCGAGUCCGCGAGCCCUCGAGCCUUUGCACCUCAGCGAGGGAGCAGGUCCGCGGCCCCGCCGCCAGCGCCGGCAGGAGGGAGGUGGGAGGGGAGCCUCCGUUUUCUACCAAGUCUGCCUUCGGGCCCGCUCCGCGCAGUGUGGGCUCAGUGGCCAGCGGCCGCAGGUCUGAGCAGGAAGAGCGGCCAGCGGGACUUGGCCUUGGUUGCCGACUGUGCCAGAGGAGGGGCGGCCGGGCUGGGCGGGCGGGGAGGGGGCAGCUUUCCAUCCCAGGGCUUCAGCUGUGCCCAGUCACCCCGUGUCUCCCACGCUGUGCCCCAGCUACCCCUCUGGCCCCGCGCCAGCACCCGAGUCCUGCAAACCUCGGGAGGCGUGUGCAGCCCCCGGAGACUGUCCGACCAGCAGCCCCGGGGUCCGCCCCCAACACCAAGGGCUGAGGUGUUUCCAGAACUAUGGGGCACCCAGGCCCCCUCCCUCCACGUGAGGGGGCUCCCGGUGCCAGGCCAGGGUCCCCUCCCUGCACCUAAGCGCGUGGGAGGACUUGCUCUGACCCGUCGUUCCUGGUUCCCCGUCUGGAGGAGGCCCCGGGCCUGGUCCGGGGGAGGGAAGGCCCGCCUCGCAAGCCAAGGCCUCAUCAUUGGGUCGAUACCUCGGGCCCCUGCCCUGCAGUGCCUGGUCCCGCGGGGAGCAGAGGGACAGGCCAGGCCGGCGCCUGGCUGCGCGGUGAGGUUGGGGUCACGGUGCUAUGGGUCUGGACGGCAGGAGCAGAGAGGGCGAGGCGUGGGGGGAGGCCGGGGCCGUCCACAGCCCCCUCCCCUGCCCUCGGGUCAGGUCCGGGGUGGGAGGGGCAGCAGACCAGGCAGCAGGGAGGAGCCCCUGGCCAGGCAGGGGAAGCAGCAAAAAAAAUAACAAAAGACUAGGCUCCGACAUGGCUCCACUGUCUCAUGAAACUUAAAAAGUAGGAAACUACACCUCACUUUCUAUUCAGCAUCAGCUCCUGAAGCUCCUGAGAUGAGGCUCCUUUUGUACUCCCGCUGUACAUAGCCCCGCCCGCCUCGGCUCCUCCUCUGUACAGGCCCCGCCCCUGCCGUCCGGCCCCUCCUCCCGCAGCCGCUCUGCCCGGGCCCUGCGCCCUCUGCCCCCCGACCCCCAGGACUGCAGCCAGGCCCCAGGCUUCCUUUCUUACCAUUCUGUAUGCUUCCAAGGUGUGACCAUUCAAAUCAACAGUAUUAUUAUUAUUAAGAUUAUUAAUAAAGAUUUCUUUCUUCAAACCAG